AUUCACAACGCCGGAGAUAUGGGAGCCAAGGCCAAGAAGAAAGUGAUGAUGAAGAAUUUGAAGAAGGCAUCGGCCCAGUUCUCCGCUGCCAAGGAUGAAACUCAUGAUUUCUUGCCGUUGGAGGGUGGUCCAGCCAGGGAUCUUCCGAAAGCUCAAAAUGGAGAGAAUAAAGCUAGAGUUUUGUACAUUGGGAGAAUCCCGCAUGGAUUUUAUGAAAAUGAAAUGGAAGCUUUCUUUAAGCAGUUUGGUACUAUCAAAAGGCUGAGGAUUGCAAGGAAUAGGAAGACAGGGAAAUCAAAGCAUUUUGGGUUCAUUGAAUUUGAGUCUCCUGAGGUUGCAAAAGUUGUUGAAGAAUGCAUGCAUAAUUAUUUAAUGUAUGAGCAUCUGUUGCAAGUUCGUCUUGUUCCUCCUGAACAAGUUCAUCCAAAAAUAUGGAAAGGUGUGAGCCGCUGGUAUAAACCGUUGGAUUGGGUUCAAAUUGAAAAGAAGCGUCAUGAUAAGGAAAGAACCCUGGAGCAGCAGAAGAAAUUAGUUGCCGGAAUUGUGAAGAGAGACCAGAAACGACGAAAGCGGAUUCAGGCAGCUGGUAUUGAUUAUGAGUGUCCAGAAAUUGUGGGCUGCAUGCAGAGCGGUCCAAAGAAGCUUAGGUUUGAUAACGAGUAGGUCUUUGAGGCACACCAGAAGCAGCGGCUUCCACAAUACAUCCUGUGGAAUUCUGAGGGCUGGCUCAAAAUCACGUCUUACCUCCGAGACCAAUGUCCCCCCGGUUGGAGCCCCUCUCUAUCCCACAUGGGGAGAUUAAACUGAUAUUGUGUUAUUUUACUCCAAAAGUUCUUAUACUGUAGAAGGUGCAGAUUUCACUUGCUUGUUAGUGACUUUGAUUGAGAAAUCUUUUGGAACAUCAAAUAGAUGAGAUGCUACUUGAAGCAUGUAAUACUGUGUAAUUACUACACUUGACUUCAUUAACUUUUGGCAUCUAUCACUCUGAAAUUUUUGCACCUUUAUUGGAAGAGUUUUGCUUGUAUUGUUUGA